AUAUAAGGGAUCAUCGAAAUAUCUGAUUUAUAGUGUUCCAUUUGUUCCAAAACAAGAGUCAAAUAUGAGAGGAAUCAUCUUAUCCUUGGCUUUCUUGGGAGCUGUUCUAAGCGACCGUUUAGAUAACAGAUAUCUUCCACCUCCAAACAACGCUCUAAUUGCUAAUGGAGACUACAACCCAUAUCCAGCCAGUACGCCUAUUGUAGAAGACGCAAAAUCAGCCAAACCCACCAGCGAAAACUUCGGCCAAACAUCAGAAUCCAGCGGUCAAUAUUCUGCACCAAGUGCCAAAGUACCCAGCAGGCAGUACCUGUUCCCGGCUAACCAGUACAAUAAUGGUGGAUCGUCUUCCUUCAGACAGGCUGAUGUGUCGGCUAAUCAAUAUACCAAACCAAAUGGACAGUUUUCUAAUGCUUUCCACCAGUCCAGACCUACCAAUCAGCUCACAAGUCAAUUUAGUCACAGCACUAAGUCAAAUGGCUUUGCAACUCCUACACAGCUAUACAAACCUUCCCAAUCCUCCACUGGUUCACUCAAUCAGUACUCAAACCCAAACGGACAAGUUCAUGAUGCCCAACACUCUUUUGCACCUUCUGGUCAUUCAGCUGGCCAAUUCCACCAGCAGUCUGAACCAUCUAGGCAAUAUUCUGGAUCCUUUUUCCCUACUGUACCCUCUUCUGCAUCCAACCAAGUCGUGAAGGCAGGUGAAGAAGUUCCAAACGCUAAUGGACAAUUCAACACCUACUCUGCCGGUCCUAACCUCCAAAAAUCUGGACCAUCUGGACAGUACUCUGGCUUGUUGCAGCCUGCUGCACUUUCUGUUGCAUCAGAGCCGCUGAGACAACCAAAUGGACAGUACAAAGCUCACUCUGCUGGGGUACCCAGCCAGUACUACAACGGAGCCAGUUCUGCAGCUCCAGCUGCCAUAAUCAAGUCCAACAUCGUCCCAAACUCCGGCGACGGUUAUUACAGCUACAACUACGAAACCGAAAACGGAAUCAUGGCUCAAGAAGAAGGUACCGUUGUGAAUGACGCAGAAAAUGCCAGAGGGGGAUACUCUUACACUUCUCCAGAAGGAGAACGCAUUGUUGUUGAAUAUACUGCCGACGAAGAGGGUUUCAAACCUACUGGUUCCCAUAUUCCCCAGAUUCCAGAGGCGAUAUUGAAGUCCAUCGAGCUCAAUAAGGCUGCUCUGGCUCGUGGUGAAUACCAAGAAGGUCAGUACUAUGAGGAAAAUGAGCAGAAAUACGCCAAAAAUGGCCAGUAUGGCUUCGAUGCUAAAUUUGCUUCUCUAAGUUUGAACAAUAAACCCUCACAGGCGAUUUCGUCGGUUCAAAGCGGUGGAUUAGCUAACGGUGCUCAAAAUGGAUACCAAUACAGUGCACAAACUAACGGUUUGCCACAAUUUGGAGGAUUUUCUUCCCUACAGGUUCAGAAAUCUGUACCAAAUGCUGCUCAGAUUCCCCAGCUAACUUUUACUGCCUCAGAGUCAUCCAAGGUUCCAAAUGGAAGCCCCCAACUGACCUAUGGAGUGCCUAGUUUCAAAACUGGUACAGUGCAGGACACAAAAGGAGGCUAUAAAUAUUGAAUAUGUAAAAAGUUGUGUAUUCUGUAACAUGAAUUUGAUAGAUGGAAAUGUUUUCAAAGAUUCAGUUCUUAAAUUUAUUCUAGCAAGACAAUAAAGAAUAUUGUUCAAACCAA